UGUGCCCGUCCGCUCGCUUGCUUCCACUCAGCCAGCGUCCCCAGAUCCCCUCGUUUAUGCUGCGUUAAUGAUGAAGUCGCUACGAAAGUCCCUCAACGGGAACAAGGAUGUUCACCGUCUUCAGAUCUCCACCCCGCUGCCUUUGCCUUCCAUAUCUAAACCUCUCUCUGCCUCCCUGCCGCCGCAGAAAGUCAUUCGUGCAAUCAAUUCGCAUAGGCCAUCCGCGCCUACUCAGCUGCCCUUCUCAAAGGGCGAUUUCUUUUAUGUCACUGGCGAUCCGGACAAUUACGGACCUUGGUAUGAGGCCCACAAUCCUGUCACAGGUGCUCGAGGACUUGUUCCUAAGAACAUGUUCGAGGAAUUCUGCAAGAGCCCCAACCCAAUGCGCUCUUCUCACAUCAGUGUCGGCCCCAGCAGUCCAGUCAGCCCAUUAGGACCGCCUAAAUCCCCGGGAACCCAAAAAACUAGCGUUUUCUAUGCUAUCGUGAUCCAUGACUUCACUGCAGAACGCACAGACGAACUCGACGCGAAAGCAGGUGAUCCGAUCUCAGUUGUUGCUCACUCAAACCGUGAAUGGUUCGUUGCCAAGCCGAUUGGUAGGCUUGGUCGACCGGGUUUGAUUCCUGCUACCUUCGUGCAAGUGCGAGAUCCUGUAACGAAUAUUCCUAUUCUCGACAUGAACGCCCUGAUCGAUCGCGGAGACCUUCCCGAGGUCGAGGAUUGGAAGCGGGCGAUGAUUAACUACAAACAGAGCUCCAUUGCACUGGGGGUAAUCGAAGAACCAAAGUCUUCGGUCACGAAUAGCCCAUACGCAACCUCCCCAUCGGCUUCGCAACCUGCUCAGACUUCAUCUACCACACCCCUCCCGGAUGGUAUCCUCCUUUCAGCCAGUGUCGUUUCUUUCCACUUCGAACUGAAUGAGUAUUGGUUCCGAGUUGAUGCCAUCUUCCAACCCUAUGCUUCUGAUGGGUCUUCUGAACUUCCGAUGGCUAAGCAGCUCGUCCUCUUCCGUGCGUACCGUGAUUUCUACGACUUCCAAUUGCAUCUUUUGGACACAUUCCCCCACGAGGCUGGCCGUGAGCCUCCUUCGCCCCGCAUCUUGCCUUUCAUGCCCGGACCGUCAUCAGAAGUGAAUGACCAAGUGACCGCCACACGACGGGAGGAAUUAGACGCCUACCUUCACCAGUUGUGCGCGCUAAACUCCAUGGGAGCACCGUACAUAUUAGAGCAUCAACUGAUCCGUGACUUCCUCGCUUUAAAGCCGGGUGACUACGAGCAUGAAAUCGAGCCUCGAUAUAGCGAGCUUGAUGCCUUGGCUGCUGGGGGGGGAAAUCAGGAGGUUGCAGAUGGUUGCUCCGUAACCCAGGACUUCGAUGAAGAGGUCCGUCACACCCUUGGCGACGUCAGGUUGUCCGACAGGGACGACCGCAGUGAUGGGUCGUAUUAUGGUGAAGAUCGUACGCCACCAACCCAGGUUCACUCCAUUCAUCACCUUGGGCACCAGCGUUCUACCACACUGACAUCCAUCCACCGCAAUGGCUCACAAGCACAAGCUUCUCCCGUGGGUGGCUUCCAUGAAAAUGGGGCAUCGCGUGGGUCGGUGUCUUCGGAUUCUCACCUACCCGACUACAAACCCUCACCACCGUCUUCAAUGCACUCUUCCCAACCCUCAUCACGGACCCGUUCUCACUCUGCAGCUAACACCAAUCUGAACGCUCCUCCUGUAUCCGCAGAGAAUCCACAGACGGCAUUCGUGAGGAUCAAGAUAUUUGUCGCUGAUGACUUGAUUGCGAUCCGAGUCCACCCCAAAGUCACGCAUUCUGAGCUGAUGAAGAAGGUUCAAGGGAGACUUGGCGCAAAUAUCACCACUCUCCGGUAUCGCGACAGUCUUAGCAACGAGUUCGUGGGUCUCGAGAACGACGGUGACCUGCGGGAAUGGCUGGACCGCACCGCUAAACAUGUUCUGUAUGCCGAAUGAUACGCGUCGUGCGGAGAUAUCGCUUAUGGUUUUAGUCUGUUGUUCAAUUCGUUUUUCGCCCACGUUCCUUGCUUUCCUCUUGUUUCAUCCCUCUUUUGCAUCGGUGUAGUGCUAUUUAAUCGUCAGCUCCCCGGUGGUCGCAGUGCGUUGUCAGGAUUUCCACUUGUCACUACAUUGUGUUCAGCAUAUGUUACCUUAAUACUCGACGCUGGAUGAUUUGGCGUGUUUCCACAACAGUUCUGUACUUUCACUGAAUGUAUUCCUUCGUCUC